UUUGAAGCGCCAUCCUGUCCUGAUAUUGAAUUUCCCCUUGCGCAGAGGAGCAGGACGUGUUCAAGCGAUUUCUGCGCGAAAAGUUGCUUUGGCUCCUUCACGGUAUCAGCACCACGAUGCACCGUAGUCACACUGUCAUCUUUACCGCCCUUGUCCUUUCAAUCAUCGGAAUCUUGUUCACCAAAGCCAGCCCCAUCUCAAAGAUCAUCAAGCAUCCCAAAAAGAGUGACUGGGGUCACGCAAAGCGUGACGGUCUCAACGCCAUUGAAGAUGACAAGAUGAAUGAACCCGCUGUACAAGAUACAGCUGGCUUGAAGGAUGAGGAAGCGAAUGGGGUGAAAGUAAAAGAGGAGAAGCAAGAUCGUUUUAGGAAUAUAGCUGCUGACAGUGGGGACACGAGCCAAGCGGUCCAAGCCAAGGAAAAGAAUGAUAAUGAGGUUAAAAUUCAAGACGAAGUUGAAGCGCGAGAGGCAGGCAGCAUAAACAGCGACAACUUUGUUAAAGAUACUGCUAAGCGACCAUUCGAGGAGAAGAUCUAUAACGAUGAUGGAGAAAACCUUGAGUUGGAGGCUCCUAAAAGUAAAGCAGUUAAGGAAUCGGAUGAUAGAAACACUAAUCAAAUUGAGGAAGACAGUACCAAACUGCCUGAAUCUGACACAGAGAAUGCAACCCUACACAAAGAAAAAAAUACUAAAGAAGUAAAGAAUAAACCGACGACUAAUGAAGUACCAACAACUUACGAAAUACCCACCGAGUCGCCAACCAUAGAGUCGACGGAGGGAGUGUCGGAGAAUGAGGAUUUUGAGGCCGCAGCUAUGGUGAGGACGACUGGAAAGCCAACAGCGACUGAAAAGCAACCAGAGGGAACUGAAAUAUUCCCCACUACCCUUGAUAUGACGUCAAAUACUCCGAUGACGACCUUGGAAGAAAGGUCUACCCCUGUAAGGCACGAGAGAACGACAGAGAAGACGCGACCGGAGCCAACGGAAUACCAGAAGGAGGUAGCUGAGGAUGAUAUCGAUGACAUGAAAGCAGAAAAAAGGUCCGACGUUGAAGAAGACGAGAAGAAAAUUGUUGAUGUAGAGGAAGGAAAUAGAGGUGGUUCUGUACUCGAACCUAAGACCAAACCCACAGAAGCAACACGGCCUAAGCCCACUGAGGGGGUACAGCCUCAGCCUACGGAACAGGGCAUGGUUGAAGACGAGAAGAAGGUGGUAGAAGUCGAGGGAGGUAAGGGAGGUGGUCCUUUACCAGACCACAAGACUGAGCCGACUGGCAGAACACGACCUAAACCGACAGAACCUGAGGCAGGUGUGGCUCAGGAUGAUAUCGAUGACAUGAAAGCCGCGAAAAGGUCCGGGAUCGUAGAAGACGAGAAGAAGGUGGUAGAUGUCGAGAAAGGUAAUAGAGGUGGUUCUUUACUCGAACCUAAGACCGAACCGACUGAAGCAACACGGCCUAAGCACAGUGAAGGGGUACAUCCUCAGCCUACGAAACAAGGCGUGGCUGAAGACGAGAAUGAAAAUCUCAAAGUUGCCGUUUCAGGAAAGAUUGUGGACGUUGAGGAAGGUAACGAGGGGAACAAGGAGCUUGUUGUCCCAAAAUCAAGAACGGAAGAACUGGUUCACACUACUCAUGAACCCACGGCUCCAAUAGAGACCGUGACGACAACCAUAAAGGAGCACAGGCUGAGAACCGAAGAGAAAACACACCUAAAAUCAACAACAUCCCCAGGCCAAGAACACUCAACUACAUCCUCUGUCCAAGUACUUAUAACUCUGAUCACAUCACCAGUUAAAGAAGCAUCAGCUUUGAAUACACCCUCAGACCAAGAACCUACAGUUUCGACCAGUGAAGAAAACCAACCAACAGAAACGCCUGACACUACUUCCAUGCCACAGCACCCUUCCGCUAAGCCCCCGCCCACCCCGCAUGGCGAGGAGCCUGAGGCUAUUGAGUCGCUGAAAUCCCUUGAUGAGCUUGAGCUGAGUUACCUGAAAAUGAAAGCACAGGCAAGAAAACAUAGGAUGACAGAAGAGGAUGAGUUAGAUAAGAUCCUUGGGUAAAUGACAUAGAUACGGUGCUUGCAUGAGACUCAAUUAUCCACUUAAAUGGAUCAAGUACUUGUAUCUCCUGAAAGGGAUUAUAUAUUCAGCUGUCAAUGUGUGAUUGAAAAUGAAAUUCAAAUUUGAUAGAUAGAGAUAGUGCUUGAAUAUCCUGUAAGAGAUUAAAUAUGCUUGUCAGUAUUUUACUUAAAGAAAAUUCCACCAUAGAUUGAUAGCGAUAGUGCUUAUUUAGCAGGGUUAGGCAUGUAUAACGAGACAAUAUAGCAUGUCGAUUGGAAUAAGUUUUGUAAGCAUGUACUGUAUAAUUAGACACUGUUUGGGACUCGUGGAGAGUGCAAGAGCAUUCACUUGUUAUCGUGAAAACGUUUUUAGGUGAGGGAACAAAAGUUAUUAAGGAAAUGUGGUUUUAACAUUUAUUUUACAAAAAUCUGAAAAUAUUUACAUCUCAUCUUAUGAAAUCUUGUAGCUAUGAUAGCUGGUUGUUUUAAAUAACAAAACCACCAUUACACCUUUUUUUAGUUUGGUUUUAGCACCCAACAAGAAACAAAAAUAAAUUGCAUGAGAAUUAUGUAAAACGCCAUAAACCAUUAAAAGGUGGAUAUUUGCUGAUGCAAAUUCUAUGGUA